AACAAUGUUCCUCCAAGAGAAAGAAAAGAACGAAAGAAAGAUGUUUCUCAAGCUUCGAGCUCGCGAGAAAUUUCUAGACCUCCACCUGAGCACGGGGCUUCAUGACUGGGACAUGAACGAGGAGAUCCACCUCAGCACCACCACCGACCAGUUCUAUCAGGACGACAAGAGGAAUGAGCAGUAUUUGGCACAGUGGCAUUAUGCCAGAAUCUCAAGAAAAACUUUCCCUGAAGAGCUUCAUCAGCCAAACCCUCCUGCUGAGAGUAAAGAAUCUGUAAUACAGCCAAAUCUGUGGUUGAUGGUGAACCCCUGUCUGGCCUGCCCCAUCAAAUACCCUGUUCGAGACAAAAUGCCAUCGCUUCCGAAACUAACAAUAGACAGAUCUGUGUCAGGUCCUGCCCUUCCUGUGUCAGGACAAAACCUGCACCGGCUGUCGUGGUCUGGCGAAACCUGUCUGGAUGAAUCGCUGCAUGAUGCGUCUCUCUCGAGCGAGUAUCAGCUCACAGAUGAUGACGCAUCCUCGGAGGACGUGGCGAUCUACCGUAAGGUGAAAGGCGCCCGGAGAGGACGGGCACCCAAGGAGCCGGCAUCACGCAGGCUGGGCCUGGCUCGGGCUCAAAGCAGGCGGCUGCAGAGAGUCCUGCAGGAUAGCUGCAACCUGAAGAACGGCGCCUGGCCUCGGCCGCCCGUCAACUACUGCAUCCUCAUCGCCAUGGCACUGAGCAGCAGCCGCUCUGGGAGUCUGAACGUCCAGCAGAUCUACAACUUUACCAGGGAGCACUUCCCUUUCUUCCUAACAGCGCCCGAUGGCUGGAAAAACACCAUCCGCCACAACCUGUGUUUCAGCAACAGCUUCAGAAAGACGCCGCAGCAGGUGACCAGCGACGGGAAGAGGAAGUCCUGCCUGUGGCACCUGACGCUGGACGGUCGGAGAAGACUGAGAAAUGAAAUCCACACGCUCACUGCAGACUCCUUCAGAAUGCUGAAGAGGAGCAUGAACUACCCAGAUAUGAUGCAAGCACUGUUUGAGUUGUAAUCUGGCUCCGGAGCCUGGAGGAGUUAAAAAAAAAAAAAGACUGGAUUUGGGGACAAUGUGGUUUCUGAUCGUGUGCACUGGUUUAUUUUCUUGUUUACUUGAACUUAUUUUUUCUUUUGUGGCUUUUUUCCUGACUUGCUUUCAAGUUUGAUUGUAGAAAAUAAAUAAAAUAAUAUCUGCACUAAUUUGCAAUAAA